AUGUCGAUGACGUCAUUAUCGAUGCGUUCCCGUAAAUGGGAAGACGUUCUCGUGGAGGGAUGGCUGCACAAACGAGGAGAACACAUCAAGAAUUGGCGGCCACGGUACUUUCUGCUGUUCCGCGACGGCGCGCUGGCCGGCUUCAAGACGAAGCCCGACCAUGGCCAGGCAUUCCCCGAGCCGCUCAACGAUUUUAUGAUCAAAGACGCGCAGGUGUGCUCGAUGGAGAAACCGAGAGCGAACAUGUUCAUGAUCCGCUGCCUGCAGUGGACCACCAUCAUCGAACGCACCUUCUAUGCCGAAUCGGCCGAGAGCCGCCAGCGCUGGCUGAACGCGAUCGAGUCGAUCGCCAAGCGGUACCGCGCAGCGGCUGAGGAUGGAGAUGAGGCGAUGGAAACGUUCCAAGUGUCGAUGGAGGACCUAUCAGCACCAGGGCCCGGAAUGCCAGGCCAUCCAACAUCACAUGCCGUAGCCCCAGGCCAGGGGCCAUUCCCACAACCACCCAUCAACCAUCCACAACAGAGCAUUGCAGACGCUUCCGAUGCCGCAAGACGUGAUAAAAUUACGAUGGACGACUUCGAAUUCUUGAAAGUGCUGGGGAAGGGCACCUUCGGAAAAGUGAUCCUAUGCCGGGAGAAGCGGACCAGCCGCCUUUACGCCAUCAAAAUCCUCAAAAAGGAGGUCAUCAUUGCCAGGGAAGAAGUCGCGCAUACUUUAACGGAAAAUCGGGUCCUCCAGCGGUGCAAACACCCCUUUCUUACUGAACUGCGGUACUCCUUCCAAACGUCUCACCACCUGUGUUUCGUGCUCGAAUUCGCGAAUGGCGGCGAGCUGUUCACGCACCUUCAGAAGUGUCGUGUCUUUCCUGAAUCGAGAGCACGAUUCUAUGGAGCACAAAUUGUGUUGGCACUCGGAUACCUCCACCACCUCGCCAUCGUCUACAGGGAUAUGAAGGAGCUCCGUUUCUCGUUCCAAACGAACGAUCGCCUCUGCUUCGUCAUGGAAUUCGCUAUCGGCGGCGAUUUAUAUUACCAUCUGAACAGGGAGGUGCAGCUGAUGAAGGAGGGCUUCUCCGAGUCGCGCUCCCGUUUUUAUGGAGGCGAAAUCGUGUCGGCCCUCGGAUACCUACACGCCAACAAUAUCGUCUACAGGGAUUUAAAGCGUCACUGC